GGAGCGCUCGGCGAGCGGAGCAGGUGCUGGGGCAACAGCGGGACGGCCCCACGACGACCCCGGCAAGGCCCGGGUCGGAGCAGCGCGCGAGGGGCGCACACGCCGGGGCGGCUGGGGCGGCGCGUCGGGCCCUGCCGGCAGGUGAGUGCGCGCCGCCGAGCGUCCCGCGCGCAACUUCAGGAGCGCACUGGGCCCGGCGACAGCGCGCGGCUUCCGGGACCCAGCGCAGGGCGCGCGGGGCCGCAUGGAGGCCACGGAGAAGCAGCAUCUGUUGGACGCCAGGCCCCGAGCCGGGUCUUACAAGGGAUCUCUGAAGCAGGAUGGGUCUGGCUGGAUCCCUCUGCCUCCACCUGGCCUGGACUUGCAGGCCAUUGAGCUAGCCACUAAAAGAAACCAUUACUGCCACGCCCAGAAGGGUCUUGACAGUCACUGUGACCCCAAGAAGGAGCGAGCAGGGCGCCAGCUCUGUGUGGCUUCUGCCAUCUGCCUGGUGUUCAUGAUUGGGGAAAUCAUUGGUGGGUACCUAGCACAUAGCUUGGCGGUCAUGACAGACGCAGCCCACCUGCUCACUGACUUUGCCAGCAUGCUCAUCAGCCUCUUCUCCCUCUGGAUGUCCUCCCGGGCAGCCACCAAGACCAUGAACUUCGGCUGGCAGCGAGCUGAGAUCCUGGGAGCCCUGCUUUCUGUGCUGUCCAUCUGGGUCGUGACUGGGAUACUGGUGUACCUGGCGGUGGAGCGGCUGAUCUCUGGGGACUAUGAGAUUGAGGGGGGAACCAUGCUGAUCACGUCAGGCUGUGCUGUGGCCGUGAACAUCAUAAUGGGGUUGACUCUUCACCAGUCUGGCCAUGGGCACAGCCAUGACACCAGCCAGCAGCAGGAGAACCUCAGUGUCCGAGCUGCCUUUAUCCAUGUGAUUGGAGAUUUUCUGCAGAGCUUGGGCAUCUUGGUGGCAGCCUAUAUUGUAUACUUCAAGCCAGAGUACAAGUGUGUAGACCCCAUCUGCACCUUCCUCUUCUCCAUCCUGGUCCUGGGGACAACCAUGACCGUCCUGAGAGAUGUGAUCCUGGUGCUGAUGGAAGGGACCCCCAAGGGCGUGGACUUCACGGCUGUGCGGGAUCUGCUGCUGUCUGUGGAGGGGGUGGAAGCCUUGCACAGCCUGCAUAUCUGGGCGCUGACCAUGGCCCAGCCCGUGCUGUCUGUCCACAUUGCCAUCGCUCAGAAUGCAGACGCCCAGGCUGUGCUGCUGGCGGCCAGUGCCUGCUUGCAGGGGAAGUUCCACUUCCACACCAUGACCAUCCAGAUCGAGAACUACUCUGAGGACAUGAAGGACUGUCAGGCAUGCCAAUGCCUGUCGGACUGACUGCCUGGCCAGGUGCCAACUGGGGCGUGGACAGGACCUGCAGAUGGCGGGGCUGAGUGUCCCCCAGGCCCAGCCAAGACUCUGCCUACCCCGGCUGUAAACCGGGGUCCCUCUCCUGACCUCUGCUCCAUGUUCACUGUGGAGGAGCCUUGCCCCACUCCAAGGAUGGGGCUCUUCCCCUAAAUCCCCCAUCUGACUACAGCCAGCCUCAGGAUGGGGACUCGGCAGGUGCAAAGCUAGUGUGACCCCGCUGCUCCAGCUCCUGGGUCGGCUCCUGGCGGGGCUGGGUUUGUGCCUAAUCCUCAGCUAAUGCUCUCCUACCACCAGCCUCGGGAAAUGCAGGGAGGCACAUGAGGAGUGAUAGAGGAGACUGGCCUCAACAUGCCCUCGCCUACCUGUUCCAUUUCCCUUUUUCAGUGUGUCUCGCCUUUGCCUUAUGAACCUCUAAAGAAGCUCUGGAACAGA